AUGCUGGCGGAGUUCCGCUUCGUGCAGCGGGGGCUGGGCCCGGAGGAGGGCGCCGGCGAGGAAGCCUACGACAUAGACCGCGAGGAGCUCUUGCACGUGGACGUGGAGCGCCUGGAGGUCGUCUGGAGGCGGCCCGAGUUCCAGCACUUCUCCAGCUACCCGCUCGGCGGCUUGCUGGGAAAUAUGGCCAUGAUGCGCGCCCACCUGGACAACCUCAUGCGCCUCUCCAACAACACCCCGGCCCAGAACGUCCCCCCAAAGGUGACGGUGUACCUGAAGAACCCAGUGGCCCUGGGGGACCCCAACCUGCUCGUCUGCCUGGCUGAUGGCUUCUCGCCCCCGGUGAUCAACCUGACCUGGGUGAAGAACGGGCAGGAGGUGAAGGCUGCGGAUGAGACGGACUUCUACCCCAACACGGACCACUCCUUCCGCAGGUUCUCCUACCUGGCCUUCAUCCCCAAUGCCGAGGACAUCUACUACUGCCGGGUGGAGCACUGGGGCCUGGCCCAGCCCCUCACCAAGGAGUGGAAUGCCCACAGUGAUGAGCCCCUCCCAGAGACGGAGGCGGAUGUGGUGUGCGGCCUGGGCCUGGUUGUGUGCAUCACGGGCAUCAUCGUGGGCAUCGUCUUCAUCAUGAAGAUCCGGCGGUUGAAUGCAGCCAACGUACGCCGGAGGCCCAUGUGA